UUCCGAGUGUUACUGAAGGCACCAUAACAGCUAUUCCAGCCUGGCUAGUUUUAGCUAGCACGACGGCUAAUGCGGAUACACUACGUACAGACGACGGUAAAUUAUACGGAAAAGGACACCCAAUAAAACAAAGCAAAAGGACUAAAGCGUGUUUUCCUUCUGAUUCCGAUUAACAUUGUGAAUGUCCUGUUCAGUCGACUAUCUCGGCUAACGUCAAUGUUAGCUGCGCAAUGAGCAGCAGUGGCUAAGUUGCUUUUAGCAAAUUAGCUGUAUGCUAGUUUUCCAUUGCUUUAAUGAAUGGGGGCUGGAGUCAACACACCAGUCAACAAUGUACGCUUGGUACUAGCCUCCUCCUUGUUGUGGUUCAGCUUGUCUGGUACAUUAGCUAUCAGGUGCUCAGAGACGUGGACGUAGUUUAUUUAAGGAAGGAGCGUAGUUACGUUAGCGAAUGAACCCAGCUAUCGUCGGGACUAAGCCAACCGUGGAUAACUUUGUUUGAAAUGAAGCAUCACGAAGAAAUCAUGCAUUAUCCAGGUACAUAGACGGAGCAAUAGCAAUGUUAGCUUGCGUGACAUAAUAUCGCAGCCUACAUUGUGACGUUAACUAUCAAGACGGGUGCUUUUGUUUACAAACUUAUUUUCAAAUUCAGUGAUCCUCCCUGGCCCUGCAUAGAGGAUGUAUGUGUAUGAUGGUGUUUUGGAGUGACCCUGCCCUCCGUCCCAGGUAGGGGAGUGGUGGAGCUGAAGACUCCCCGGCUUGGCCCGGCCCGCUGUUGACGGAUGAUGGGAAACAUUGAUCAUUAGCAGCUCGGUUGUAUUUUUUUUUUGGCAUUCACUUUUAACCGGAAUAUGAUCAUUGAUCGGGAUGCCCUGUCAUUGCAUUGAUUCGUUUUUUUGGGAGAUUUGAAGGAUCAUGAUGGAGGAACUUCCCAAAGACGGAUAUUAUUGGAACUUAAUCAUGGACUGUUGAGUUCAACCAUUGUUUUAUUACACAUUAUUUUUAAAGACUGUUUCACUUGCACCACACCAACAUGUCUGCAUUUGCAGAGUUCGUCCCCCCUCCGGAAUGCCCCGUUUUUGAGCCGAGUUGGGAGGAUUUCUCGGAUCCUUUAGGAUUUAUCAACAAGAUCCGACCCAUUGCAGAGAAAACGGGAAUCUGCAAGAUCCGACCCCCCGAGGACUGGCAGCCUCCGUUUGCCUGCGAUGUACGCAACUUCCGCUUCACUCCGCGAGUGCAGAGACUGAAUGAACUUGAGGCCCUCACUCGGGUUAAACUCAACUUCCUGGAUCAAAUCGCAAAGUUCUGGGAGCUGCAGGGAUCCAAGACCAGGUUCCCUCAUGUGGAGAGAAAAGUGUUGGACCUCUAUCAGCUCAGCAAGACUGUGUCCUCAGAGGGCGGCUUUGAGGCGGUGUGCAAAGAGAAGAGGUGGUCCAAGGUGGCCGGCAGGAUGGGCUUCCCGGCGGGGAAAGGCACCGGCUCCCUGCUGCGCUCCCACUACGAGAGGAUCCUCUAUCCAUACGAACUCUUCCAGUCGGGGGCCACGCUCACUGGCAUCCAGCGGCUAUAUGAGGAAUGUGAUGAUGGGGAAGAUGUGGACGAGGGAGUCGGUGAGGAGUCGGUGGAGGAAGAGGAGCUGGAUGAGGAGGAUGAGAAAGAUGGAGACGGGGAUGCGAUGCAGGCCAAAGAGAGGCUCCUGCCUGAGAGACGCUCCAGGCGCCUUAAAUCUGAGAGGGAAAACAAGGAGCCUAAAGGCCUAAAGAUCUUCAGCACAAGUCCCAAGAUGGUCAACUUGGGAAUUCUAUCAGCUGAUGACGGAUUCAGCAGGAAGCAGCGUCACCUCAAAGCCCAGGCCUUCGCCAUUAAAAUGCGACCCCGCAAGGAGACCCUGGAGGUCAACUUUAUCCCCCAGAUCGACCUGUACCUCUGUCUGGUGUGUGGGCGGGGCGAUGAGGAGGACCGCCUCCUGCUGUGUGAUGGCUGUGACGACAGCUACCACACCUUCUGUCUGAUCCCGCCCCUGCAGGACGUGCCCAAGGGGGACUGGCGCUGCCCUAAGUGUGUUGCUGAGGAGUGCAGUAAGCCCAGGGAGGCCUUUGGCUUUGAGCAGGCGGGGAGGGAGUACUCUCUGCAGAGCUUCGGAGAAAUGGCUGAUCAAUUCAAGUCAGACUACUUCAACAUGCCUGUUCAUAUGGUCCCCACGGAGUUGGUGGAGAAAGAGUUCUGGCGCCUGGUCAGCAGCAUCGAGGAGGACGUCAUCGUGGAGUACGGCGCUGACAUCAGCUCGAAGGACGUGGGCAGCGGGUUUCCUGUCAGGGACGGGAAGAGGAGGCUACUGGGAGAUGAAGAGCACCCUUGA